AUGAAGCCAAAAAUAAAUUUUGAAAAUUUGAACAACAUCAUCAACAACAACAACAGACACAACAUUAAUUACAACAACAACAUCAAUUACAAUAACAACAUCAAUUACAACAACAACACACAUGACAGCGGCUAUCUUGAAAACAGUUCAACAACUUUGAAGAACGAGAAACGAAAGAUGAGGAAGGUGGUGGUGGAGAGAUUGAGGAGGGAGAGGAUAGAUAGGUGCCUCCAACAACUCCAGGACAUUCUCAUCCAAUCAAAUCCUCUUCCUACACAAUCAUCAUCAACAACCGGAAGUCAUCUUGAGAAGGCAGAUAUCUUGGAAAAGACUGUAGAUCACGUGAGAGAUCUGGAGCGGAAGUUGCAUGAAGGGAUGAGCAGAGCUCAGCCAAAUGCAGAUGGUCUAGAUCCAUUGAUUAUGUUUCUUCAAAAAAACAUGAAUUUUGCUCUCAGCUCACAAUUUAACAGCCAGGAAAACAAAAAUCUUAACGUUUAUUUAAACCAUUACGGUCAUCAACAUUUGAACGUCAGCGAUUUAUCUAGGAAUAUGAACAACAAAGAAAACUUUACAGACCCUAGCUUGGUUCCUAAUUUCAACAAAACUAACAACAUCAUUUCAAACACCACAAUAACUGCACCACCAACAAACAAUAACAUACCAGCCAACAACAACAACAACAAAAGCAACAACAACAACAACCUCAUCUUGCAUAACAACACUGCUGUUACCAACAACAACCACAAACUAAAGAAUGUGACAAGCGUGUCUUCGUUGAACAAUCGCAACUUAAAUAGUUCUUCUCAAAUUACCAACACUAACAACAACAACAACAACGGCAGCCGCCACAACAACAACAAUGUUGAAACGAUGCCUAACAACAGAUGUUAUAAGAAUGUUGUCAACAUUGAAUGCAACAUGUUCUCCAACAUCAAGAUCAUUAUCAGCACUGCUCUCAACAUCUACGCCAGCAAGGAGAGAGACAAAACGACAACUGUAACUCUUAUUUAG